UUGGUGUGUAAGUUUGACGCAGCUGCAGUUGCCGUUUUCCCUUGAACAUGUUCUACCAAACUCUGAGAUUAACCUAAGUUACCGGUGCCAAUGGGAUGCUGCUGGACGCCGUUAAUAGCGACGGUAGACUGGCGGUAGUAAAUUCUAAGUUAUAUGUUGAGUAUAUUACCACUGUUUACCAACUCGCAGGAUUUCUAAACGUUACACACAUUUCAAGGAUAAGAUUUAACUUUGAGCUAAUGCUAACUCGGCUCCCACUAGCUUAAGUUUGCUGUUUAAGGCCAACGGUUGUCUUGGGACAGACAUACAAACAAACAUGUCGGAGGAGAACAUCAGCUUGUAUGAGUUGUUGAACCUGGCCAUCGGGACGCCUCAUGAGGGAGCUGUCAACUUCAGCGCGCUCCACUCGCUGCUCUUUGCUGUGCUGAGGCAGCUGGACUUAGUGGAAGUGAGGACCGGGUGGAGGGAAUCUGCUCCCGGCCCCAGGGACCUUAAUGUCACCGGUGUCACAGAGGCAGCCGAACAGCCCCACAUCCCGACCGAGCUGGACCAGGAGGGUCACUCCGACAACGAGCUGCAGAAGCGCAAACUCACCUCUCCAUCUCCCUCUCCCGUCCCCGGCGGACUCCUCUCCCGCGUCCAAGCUUGCGAGGAUGGCGUCUCCCAGGUCAUAAAGCUCAUAGAGGAUCUCCAUAACCAGAACGAGAAUCUAAAGGAAGAGAUGAAGAAGCAAAGAAAGCAGUUGGAUAGCGCAUGUGAAGAGACAAUCACUGCUGUGGAGAAGUGCUGCCACCGUGUGGACACGUUGGAGGAAACUUUGACAUGUGUAAAGGACACCUUUGAAAAGUAUCCAGACCCAGAGAAGCUGUUCAGCAACACAGAAAACCUUCAAAAGGAGCUUUUAGACUUAAGGGCAGCUUGUCAGGGCACAGCAGUCCAACCUAUACAUGACAGCAACUUCACUGAUGCCAACACUUCUUAUGUCAGUGUACCCUCCUCCACUGACUCGUUCAAAGAUUCUGUCAGGACAGCGUCUCCCACUUCUCCAGUCAACUCUGGAGAGAAAGUGAUGGACAUCCAGUUGGCCAGGGAGUUCUCCUUAGUCCCGUCAACUCAGCAGACCCAUCUGGGUACAGAGCAGGCAGCAGCUGGUAUACCCCUGUCUCCAGAGUCUAGUGGUUCACUACACAAUGUGGAAACAGCAGAUUCUCAGAAAAGCAUCAGGAAACUAAAAGAAAACUUUUACAAGCUGGAAACACGUUUGGAGGCACUGGAGGAAGCAAAGGUGGAGCCGACUGAGCUGGUUCAUCUCAGAGAAUUUAUAGCUAACGCAGGUUUACAGAAUGUGUCUAAUAAUCUGAUGGAUCAACUAAACCAGCAGAAAGCUUUGUUAGAUGGUUUGAUGAGUGACUGGGAAAAGCUGAACAGUUUAUUAGAUAUUAUGAAACCAAGAAGCCAGGAAGGAGAAAACAGCUCAGGACCUACAGAGAGUGUGUAUUCAGACAGCAGAGAGUUGCAUGACCUCCGACAGCAAAUAUUUUUCCUCAGGAGGUCUGUGCAGACACUAGAGGAGGAUGUAAAGCAGAUGGAGAUUAGACAGGCUUUAUCUGAGGAGAGAGAAACACACCAACAUGAACAGCUGGACAGCCUUCGAGGCAUGUUAGAGGACAUGAUGCUGUCCUUGAAUUUAGAGCAGUCCAGCAGCCUCGAGUUUGAGGACCAGCAGGAUGAAAGCGAUAGCGAGGGCCCCUGUCGUAUUAAUGAGAGAUCAGCUGUCGAAAAGAUCGACAGGAAGCUCAGCUGUCUUUUCCUGUGCUACGAGCAGCUGCAGGACAAAGUGAAAUGUCUUGUCCAGCAGCAGACAGAAAGCAGAGCAGGGCCGCUGAAGAUAACAAAGAAUGCAGAGUUGAUGAAUGAUGUGCAGAGCGCGAUUAAUCACCUCCAAGCCGAGUGUGAGAAACUGCAUGAAACCACCAGAUGUCUGCACGAGGACAACAGACAGAAGCAAAGUCACAUAGAGGAACUGUAUAAGACGACAGAGGAGCUGGAAGAGAAGAAGGCCGACAAGCAGAUGGUGGAGAGUGAAAUCAAAGCUGAUAAGUCUGUAUUGGAGAGCAAAGUAAGCCGUCUGCAGUUUGACUCAGCUACAGAGCAGCUGAACUCCAUGUUCCAUGAGCUGCUCAACAAAGUCACGGGCCAGGAACAGGACUGGCACAAAGUCAUUGCCAAGCUCUCCACCGAGAUGGAGUGUAAGUUAAACAGGAUUGAGUUAGAGUCUGUGAAGAAGCAGCUGGAAGAUCGCUGGAAGAGGAUCCACGAGAAACUGCAGGCCCAGGGAGCUCCAGAACAUGAAGAUGCUGCAGGCAUCAGAAAACAACUCGUGGACAGAUUUCACUGUCUCUCCUGUGACCGACCUGUGGUAAAGCACACCCCCGGCCCGCAUUUGGUGACGCUGCCAUCUACCCCUGGGUUUCCUUCACACAAGUCAAUCAGGCCUUUCACUGUUUAUGCUCUAGAGCAAUUUCGACAGCACUACAGGAGCCUUAGACCAGGGACCAACCGCUACAACUUUGAGGUAGCUAACACAGGCAGGAAGCAGAGACGAUGGAGACGCUACCACCAUCAGACUGUCAACCAGGACACUACAAGAUACAAGCUAAAGCCCAGACAGGCAGGAGUCCAGCAUGAGCGUAUCGCUGAACUGGCUGACUACAGUCACUUGGCCAUGUCGCGCAGCUGUGGCGGAAGUCACACCAUCACCUCAUCCAGUCAGCGACGCUCCGGCCUGCAGUACAUGAAGCACCAUAGUCAGCCAGAAGUGGACACUGUUGUUCAGUCAGAAGAAGUUGACAUCAUUGGACUGGAUGGUCAUAUUUACAAAGGUCGCCUGAACCCAGCAGCAGCCAGAAAUGCAGAAACCAAACUUCCUACAAUCUCCACCAAAGAGGGCAUGUGCAAGACUAAAGACAAAGCCCGAGCAUCCCCUUCACACAAACCUGCUGUUUCCCCUGAGUGUGGGUGUAGUCCUCUUGUUCCUCACCCACAUAGUGCCAGAAGUGUCCAGUGCAGCCGCUCAUUAUCCAGCAUCUCUGGUCGGGAUUGGCCUGUGUCAGCCCUGGGCUGCGCUUCUCAGAGCUCCAUUACCCAAACUUCAGCUGCAGGAGAGAGCAACUCAGAGCAUCUGGAGAGUCAGCAGGUCAGCCUGUAGGGGGAGCCAGAGAGCUCUGCAUCACUUCAGUGGGAAGGAACCAUUUUAAUGUGAUUGUUGAGUGUUAUUUGUGUUUUUGCACAUCCCAUAAAAGCUUGGUCAAACCCUAAGUCCAGCCUGUGUUUUAUACUGUAUAUUCCCCUCAGACGUAUUGAAUAUUGUUAUACAUAUGUAUUUAAUGUGUAAUAUUCUUCCAAAGUAAAACAUAAACAACAUAUCAGAUGUUGAAACUGAGACAUUUCACAUUUGACAACUUAUUAGCUUAAGUGGAAAGGGGUCUGUAAAAUAAAUAUAAAAGAGAGAGACACCACCAAUGUGCAACAAACUAGGCCUGAAAAUGUCACUUUCAUUGUUCCUUAACAGCUCGACUUACAAUAUACAGUAAUGUGUAGAAGUGAUAUCAAGUGUUUAUGAAGUUAUAGUUACUUUGAACUAGAGCAAACAGCCUGAUC